CAAAAAAAAUAAAAAAUGAACAAAUAUUGAAAAGUGUCUCAAAGGCCGCACACCUGAAAAUGAAGCUCCAAAGUGGAGAGGGAGCUACAGAGAUGGAUGAAGAUAGAAUAGCGCUGGUGUUGGCUAGAAUUUCUGAGCUGAGUUCCAAGACCACAAAUUGCAUCGCCGCCGGAAGAACAAAUGGAAGGCGGGAAACUGGGAAACACGGCUUCGACGACGCAGACAUGGAGGCCGAAGUCGACGGUUCCGAUGAAGCCACGGAUUGCCUUUUAGCCAUCCGAGAGGCUCUUCGGAAGCUCGAACUUCAAGUCUCGUCUUUGCAGGCACUGCAGCAGCAACAGUUAUACGAGAGAGAAGAAGCCCUGUCUGGAAUUUUCUACUCCCAAGAGGAGUUGAUGCAGAAGCUGAAGGAGUACAAAGGGGAGAACUUGGAUGUCAUACAGGAGGCAAUUGCUUUUGUUGGCGAAACAGUAGAAGAAAACAACGACCUCUUGCUCCCACCGUACCCAACCCGACCAUCAUCUUUCCUGCUACCCCCAAACAAGACUCACAUUUCCCAUUUCAACACGUCAGGUGAAAGAAACGCAUCGAGGAAAGAUGUCAAUGGACCAUCAAACCAAGCAAAGGCCAAAAAGAGUCCGUUGGAAAUGGCAAAAUAUCUCAUUGGGGGAGUGGCAAAGACAGCAAUCACUGUUUUGGGGGUAAUCUCUGUGUUGACACUUGCUGGUUUUGAGCCCAGUCUUAAGAAAAGGAAUGCCCACUUCAAGUUGAUGAACCUAUCGACGCCGCCCGGGGUUGAUGAAAAUGAAAGAAAAAUGGAAUGCCCGCCGGGGAAGGUAGAGGUGGUUGAAAAUGGAGAAGUUCGAUGUGUGGUGAGGGAAAGGGUUGAAGUUCCAUUUCAGUCUGCUGUUGCAACACCUGAUGUAAGUUAUGGGUGUGGAUGAUUUUUUUUUUCUACUUCGUUUUCUGUGUUUUUUUUUGUACCAGAUAUUGAUAAAUGGUUAUUUAUUUAUUUUUACCCUGCUAGAAUUCUGCAGUUUG